AUGACACACCAACUGAGCCUCAAGACAUGCAUAGGAGGAGGCUUCUUCCUGGCAAGUCACAGUGGCCGUUUCACACCACAAUGUCUAGUGGCUAACCUGGUCUCAGCCUCUCGCAUGAAAUCUCUGGGCAUCGAGGCGGCGCUGUCUGACAUUGACAAAGCUGCAGCACGCUCGGCGUCCAAAUCAUGUGGCCCAUUCUCAGUGUUUGCCAUUGAGAGCAGCAGUAGUGCACCCGAAUCACUGCCACUUACUUGCGAAGAGCCCGAGGCUUUGGUUGAGCAUACAGAGGAUGAAGUGCAAGUACCUAGCCUGGUCGACCGAGCCUUGGAUGAUGGCCCAGAUAUUGGCGGACUGGAUUUUUCCCUUCAUGAGGAACCUGCUACUCCAGCAUCCCAGCACCAGCUGAUGGGCCAUGCAAACAUAGGUAUUGAGCUUGAAAGAACUAUCCCCAUCAAUGAAACCCCGCCGCAGCCCAACCUCCCGCCUACUAAAACGGCCAUGGUCGGAGUUCUUCAAGACCAGGAUUAUGCCGAGGACAUGGAGGCAGAUGAUGCUUUUACGUCGCCUGACACUUACCACUCUCCCAAAGUGUACUCUCCCGCAGGCGGCCCAUCAGUAGAGGUCUUCCUCAAGGCCGAAGUUCGACACCUGCUUCGAAACUACGUUGAGAACGUUCUUCCUAUAUUCAGUCCCCUUGAUCUCCCGAGCUCUCCUUGGAAAGACUUCCACCUGCGUCGCGCACUUCAGUGCAGUAUCGAACUAGAGAUCAUGGACCACGCACCGCGGUCACGGAGAGCCCUUCUCCAGACAAUCCUAACAGUCAGUGCCUACAACCUACGCAAUGUCAACUCAUCUGACCACGAGGUAAUCUCGGGUGAUACAAGCACCUCCAAAAUCCACCUGCAGGCUUCUGAAACGCUGAUCAGAGCCCGUAUUGCCAGGUGUGGCACCCCCAGUUGCGAUACGACCAAAGGACAUUAUGUCAUCUUUCUCUACCUCAGGACGAUGCAGGAAGCCACCAACCUGCUGUUUGACCGGCCCCAGCAGAGUCCAAGCGGACCUUAUGGUCCCCCGGGACACGGGCCGAGGGUUCGAAUCAGGGUCUUUGGGGAUGAUAUCUGGUCUCCCAAGAAGCCUGCUACUUCUUCUCCGGAAGGCAACCUGAAUCCUGCGCACUAUCUACCAACAGGAACAAGACACCUGGAAGAUGAGAUUCUUGAAUGGCCAGUUGAUGAAGCCGUUGCUCGAAUGGAGGCAGCACCAGUCUCAGAAGGGAACCGUUUAGUGAUGCAGCACUAUACGCGAGCGAUACACCAAGCGAUCAUUAUCUUUUAUAGCCGCAAAGCCCAAGGCAUGCACCGCAGGCACCUACAGCCUUAUGUCCAUGAGGCUAUCCGUCAAUUCGAGGAGAUUGAGCGAGCAAAGGAGAACCACUCACUUCAGACCGGGCAUAUGCCUUGGCCGGCCAUUGUCGCGGGUUCGCAGGCCAUGAGCAAGCCUACGCAGGAUCGGUUCAUCGCAUGGUUUAACAAAAUUACUGUUGAGGGGAUUUGGACUUCUACGCUCUCUAAAGACGCCCUGUUAGGUAUCUGGACCCAGACUAAUACCCCUGUUGGCUUCCCAGCUUUGGUCAAUGCCCUUGAGCUGUGGUAA